AUGGCAAUCAACCGGACAACACCCCCUAGGGGCCGCAUAGGCAGUUCCAAGUCCCGAUCCGGCUGUAAAACCUGCAAGAUCCGACGUGUGAAAUGCGGGGAAGAAAACCCGAGCUGUCUCCGGUGUACGAGUACAGGCCGAAAAUGUGACUUUGAGAGCAAUGUUACUGCUACUGGCAUGACGCCUCCUACGCCAUCGACGCCGACGUCUCUCAUUUCAAGUCCGAGUCAUGCGCUCUCCUCAUCGCCCAAUUCGGGACGGCGAGAACGGCGUGCUUUUCAGUAUUAUUUUCAACAUGCUGCGCGCUAUAUGUCUGGUGGUAUGGACAUUGAUUUUUGGACUGGCGUUGUUCCGCAGAUAUGCCGUACUGAGCCCGCUGUGUGGGAUGCUAUCAUCGCUAUCAGUGCUUUGUUUGAAUACCCGGAACAAUGUCUGGAUUUCACAUUUUUGAGACACAAGCAGAAAGAUGCUCAUCUUCUCAAGCAAUCUCAGCAAGAGGCUUUGGUAUGGUACUCACGUUCAAUUUCGAGCAUUCAUUCCCAGAUCGACCGUGGUAGCGCCGAUCCUUACAUUGCGCUUAUCAGCUGUGUACUGUUCAUCUGUGUGGAAACUAUUCAAGGGCGCAUGGAAGAGGCUUUGCAACUACUCAGACAAGGAAUGAGUUUGAUAUUGGAUCUUCGUGCGAAAGCUCUCCAUGGCACGGUCUCUGGCAGCAAAGCUGCGCUCCUAGAGAACACAAUCAUCCCGCUGUUUUUGCGCCUGAAUACCAUCGCUCUUACAAUAUCCGGGACUCAACCAAGCGAGCUAUUCUCUUUUUCAAAUAAUAGGGACGAUAGGUUCACAUCACUCGAAUCUGCUCGGCAGUCUAUAACCACCUUGGGUGCAGAGUGCAUCCUCUUCCAGCGAGACGCGGGAUUUCAUCUCCAAGUCAAUGGUGGUGAUGUCUGCGUGAGCGGGGAUUUGUUCGCCAAACAGAAAGCAUUACAAGUUCGACUUGCACUUUGGAAGAAUGCCUAUGCACACCUUUGUCAAAGCCUUCGUCAGAAAUCGCCAACCGCGCUCGAAUAUCCUAUACAUACCGAGCCGACCCUACUUACAUACCACGCGGCUGCAUCGAUAUAUGUUUCAGGAAGCCUGACAAAACAUGAAACAGUCUAUGAUGAUUUUAUGGACGACUUCCAGGCAAUCGUCGACCAAUCUAGUCUCACCCUGGAUGCAAUAGAGAAACUAAAUGGUGCGCAACCACCUUUUACCUUUGAGAUGGGUGUCGGACUUCCAUUGUUCGUGGCUGCUACCAAAUGUCGCCAUCCGUGGUUGCGUCGACGAGCUUUACAAUUGAUGAAAAGGGCGCCGCCAGUGCAGGGCUUUUAUAAAUGCCCACCUGUAACUGCUUUGGCUGAGCACCUCAUGCAGGUUGAAGAGGGUCAUAGUAUUGCGUUGAAUCAGGCAGUUGGUCGGGAUGCUGCUGCUGAAAUCGCUGCUACUGUUGCAUCUCAACGAGGACUAAUCUCCACCGAAGAAACGAUGUCCAUUUCAUUGCUCAUCCCUGAGGAAGCUCGUAUCUGUGACACAGGUGUUUUCCGGCUCCGGGAUGGCCUUCCGUAUGAUGUCUCCGAGGUGGAUGUUAUGAAAUGGAAUCCUGGCCCCGAGCAACUGUUCAUGACACUUAGAAGGCUUCGGCGCAAUCCUGUUACCGCUGCAUGGGAGGCGUUUUGUGAUUGUAUACCUAUGAAAUUUUGA